UCGCAGUCUAAAAACUCAUCACAAAGAGAAAAAAAAAAACACAAAAUUUCUGCUUUGUUUUAAUAACUCAGAAGUUCUCUGUUCUGAAAGAUGAAGCUUGCAUUUGUCACUUUUCUUCUCGUUUCUCUUGUCCUCAGCUCCUCUUUCUUCGACCUCACAACUGCCGGUUCAAGUUUCUGCGACACGAAAUGUGGGGAAAGGUGCGCCAAGGCAGGAGAGAUGGACAGGUGUUUGAAGUACUGCGGAAUCUGCUGUGAGAAGUGUCAGUGCGUUCCUUCUGGAACUUACGGGAACAAGGACGAAUGCCCUUGCUACAGGGACUUGAAGAACUCCAAGGGCCAGUCCAAGUGCCCUUGAGCUUUUCUUCAUGAUGUCUGAUUCUGUCCGCUUUGUGGGACAGAAUCAGACGUUUCUGGACCCGACCCUAUAGUUCUGUUAUUUAAUUACCCGGUCAUCAGUUACCUAUAAUCACAGUUUGAUGUUUAAUUUAUUAAUAUUUAUAGAUUUUAGGUCAUAGAAAUUGAAAUAAAAAGGGUCCUCUUGUUUGCUCAAAUAUAUAUUCUACUUAAUUUUCUGCUUGUAGUGUCUGUUUCUAUUCAUAAUGCAAAUAAUAAGUUCUAUUUGUA